CGACUCGGGUCCGCCCCCCACGGUAGGAGGGUUGGAAGUAAAAGGGCCGAGGCCGAGUCCUCCGGGGUCCCACCGCCCAACAAUUCAGACGUCUCCCCGGCACGGUCCCUCUAGCUCCAGCCCCACGCCCGAUCCUCGGUCAGCAGCGGGGGUGACCUGCGGCGGCCCGGGGCGGGGAGCAGAGGCGGGCCGAGCCAAGGGCCGCCCCCGUCGACCCCCCCCCACUGGCCCGCCCCGGAGCGGUGUUGGAGAGUGGGGCGGGGUUCGGGUCAGUCUCAGCCUCCGGCACCGGCCGCGCAGCUGGAGGCGGCGGAGCGGAAGUUUAAACCAUGGCUGCAAUACGGAAGAAGCUGGUGAUCGUGGGCGACGGGGCCUGUGGGAAGACCUGCCUUCUCAUUGUCUUCAGCAAGGAUCAGUUCCCGGAGGUCUAUGUCCCUACAGUCUUCGAGAACUACAUCGCAGACAUUGAAGUGGAUGGCAAGCAGGUGGAGCUGGCUCUGUGGGACACAGCAGGGCAAGAAGACUACGAUCGCCUCCGGCCUCUGUCCUACCCGGACACUGACGUCAUCCUCAUGUGUUUCUCCAUUGACAGUCCUGACAGCCUGGAAAACAUUCCAGAGAAGUGGACCCCGGAGGUGAAGCACUUUUGCCCCAAUGUGCCCAUCAUCCUGGUGGGGAAUAAGAAGGAUCUGAGGCAAGAUGAGCACACCAGAAGGGAGCUGGCCAAGAUGAAACAGGAACCUGUUCGAUCUGAGGAAGGCCGGGACAUGGCAAACAGGAUCAGUGCCUUUGGCUACCUUGAGUGCUCAGCCAAGACUAAGGAAGGGGUGCGGGAGGUAUUUGAGAUGGCCACUCGGGCUGGCCUACAGGUCCGCAAGAAUAAGCGCCGGAGGGGCUGUCCCAUUCUCUGA